AUGCCUGAGAGUCAAGGGAAGGACGGCGAAAGCCACACGAGCAGCAAUAGUUCCAGCGUUAGCAGUUCCGUCGCGUGCUUCGGACAGUAUCAAUACACAGCAAGUGAAUAUCAAGCUAUCCAGCAUGCUCUUCGUCAGAGACUGGGUCCAGAAUAUAUCAGCAGUCGACAAGCUGGAGGAGGACAAAAGGUCUGUUACAUCGAGGGUCACAAGGUCAUCAGUCUGGCCAACGAGAUGUUUGGCUUCAAUGGCUGGGCACAUUCAGUCACUCAGCAGAACGUUGACUUUGUUGACCUCAACAACGGCAGGUUCUAUGUGGGGGUCUGUGCGUUUGUCAGAGUUCAGCUUAAGGAUGGGUCAUACCAUGAAGACGUGGGGUAUGGAGUCAGUGAAGGCCUGAAGUCCAAGGCCUUGUCCCUAGAAAAGGCCAGAAAGGAGGCAGUAACAGAUGGACUGAAGAGGGCACUCAAGUGCUUUGGGAAUGCUCUUGGGAACUGCAUCCUGGACAAAGACUACCUGCGAGCCGUGAACAAGCUUCCACGUCAGAUGUCCUCAGAGUUAGAGCUGGUCAACGCUAAAAGAGAGGAUUACGAACCUGAAAUCGAGAAAGCAAGAUACAACAGCUGUUUGGAAAGGCAGAACGCAGGAGGAAGGCAACAUUAUGAGAUGGCAUCAACGUGUAAGCCUGGUCAGACAGAUGCUGCUGUGGUGGCAGAUCAGAAACAGCCAAGUAGUUCCAGAAACACAGCCUCCUCAGCCAGCGAGCGUGAUGCCACUUACCAGCGGAAACUGCGACAGAAGCAGCUACAGCGGCAGUUCCGGGAACAGAUGCAGAAGAAGCACGAGGUUCCAGCAGUUACUCCUAGCAGCCAACAAGCAACAGCUGAUCCUCCAGUCAAGCACAGCACUCCAGCAGCAGUACAACAGGAGCUCGUGAUAGAAGAGGAGUUCUUUGCAGAUGAUCCUGAACUUUGGGACAUUUCCUUGGAGACUAUGGAUCUUAAGAUGAUGAGUCACGAAAUGGCAGACCCAUCAGCUGGACACGGGACACCUGGACCACCCCACGGACACCAUCAAAUGACUACUGGUAACAGGACACCUCACAGAAUGAAUUCCCACAAAACCUCUGCGAGGUUUGUGCAAUUGCAGCCGUCUGCUGCCAUCAUGAGCAACAUCAGCUGUGCCAACCAGUGUACCCCAGAGCACAGCCCCCACAUGAGAAGUCAAAGCUUGAAGAAGAGGAGGCUGGAACCUACGUAA